UGGGCGGAUGGUUAAGGAAGAGCAGCUGAGCGGAGACUGAGAGUGAGCGGGAUAGAUAGCGGCACACAGAUAGAUAGCGGCACACAGCGGAGACCUCUGCACAUAUCGGGCACCAUGCUGCAGGCAGCGCCGGCCGAGUGAGCGCUACAAUGAAGAAGAGGCGGCCCCGUCGGCUGUGGCUGCUGCUGCUCCUGUACGCGGCGUUCAUGGUGCUGCUGUUCUCUCUGCUCUUCCGUGACGGCUGGUGGUCCACCAAGAAAAGCCGCCCAGAGUAUGACAACGGCUGGGCACCUCGCCGGCUAUGCCCAUCACUGGACACCUCUGUAUGGGAGGAUGAAGGUGGAGGAGAGGAGGAUAAGGUGUCCCCCCAGCCUAGGACACACGUGUACCUCCAUGCCACCUGGAGGAGCGGCUCAUCCUUCCUGGGGGAGCUCUUCAAUCAACACCCGGGGGUCUUCUACCUGUACGAGCCAGCCUGGCACAUGUGGCAAUCUCUGUACCCCGGAGAUGCCGCGAGCCUGCAGGGGGCGCUGCGGGACUUGCUCCGCUCCCUGUUCCGCUGUGACUUCUCCGCCCUGCGGCUCUACGCGGGGGACAACCUCACCACCGCAGGGCUUUUCGGAUGGAAGAAUAACAAGGUGAUCUGCAGCGCCCCUAUGUGUUCCGCGGGGUACGACCCGGCUUCUACAGCUGGAGGGUCAAGGGACAGGGUGGGGCUGGUGGAGCCUGCGGACUGCGAGCGGCGUUGUCCGGCCCGGCCCCUGCGGGACUUGGAGAAGGAGUGUCGCCGAUACCCAGUGAUGGUGAUUAAAGACGUGCGACUGAUGGAGGUGUCGGCUUUGCUGCCGCUGCUGCAGGAUCAAGGGCUCAACCUGAGGAUAGUACAGCUUUUUCGGGACCCUCGAGCCAUGCAGAAUUCCAGACUGCGCUCCAAGCGCUCCUUGCUGCGGGAAAGUCUGCAGGUACUGCGGAGCCGCCUGCGGGGAGGGGAUCUAGCUAACCGAGCAGAGCAACAACAGCAGCUUAACCGUGGGGGGACGGACUUUCUGCUGAGCGGUUCCCUGGAGGUGAUCUGCCAGAGCUGGCUGCGGGAUCUCCUCCUGGUGAGGGGUCAAGGCACAUCCUGGCUGCGCCAGCGCUACCUCAAGGUUCGCUAUGAAGACUUGGUACUCUCCCCUCUUAAGGAACUUGGCCGCCUUCUGCGCUUCACCGGGCUGCCAGCUGUGCCCGAGCUAGACGACUUUGUGAUGAACAUGACGAGGGGACCCAGCUACUCCUCGAAUAAACCCUUCCUGGUAUCUGCCCGCAAUGCCAGGGAGGCUGUGAGUGCCUGGAGGGAGAGGCUGAGCAGAGAACAGGUUCGCAGGGUUGAAGAGGCAUGUGGGGAGGCUAUGCAGAUUCUUGCCUACAAAGCUGAGGCAGACAGAGCUGUUUGAGUCCCUCACCUCUCCAUCAAAGCAGGAAUACGGCCUCCUUCUCAUGGACGAUUAGCCAGUACAAAGACUGGCCAUUGACUGAGCAAUUUUUUUUCCCGCAAUCACGGGUUGCGGGAAAUAUUGCUUGGCUCCCCCCCAUCAACACAGCAUUUAUUAUUAUUAUACAGGAUUUAUAUGGUGUUGAUGAGUGGAAUCCCUCCCGUGGAGCCAUUGUGUCCCCUCUGAGAGAACACAGUGGUUAUUUCUAGCGGGUAUUGCAGCCACUCGCAACAAUUGCAUGUAAAAUCCAACAGGGUGUACCCAUGUUGAUCAAACAACUUUGGGUACAUUCAUCCUGCCCAUACAUGGUUUGAAUCUCGGCCAGUCCCUGCUAAGCUGACGAGAUUCAAACCGCCUAUGGUCAGCUAAAGCCAUGAUAGGCUGAGAGGAGAAAUUGCAGUUCAAAGGUAUUUGCAUAUUGAGUAAGUACUUGCAGUUAGGGACAGAUGUCUCCUGGACACAGACAGAUACAUCCAGGGUUGGCUAUCUGCCUCUAACCAGUAAUCCAAUUCAACAAAAUCCAGGGCACUCAUAGAAUGUCACUCCAAGAUCCCAUAUAGUGUAUACAAUGUUUGUUGUCUGAUUUCCUUUAGAUUUAUCAAAACCAUGUAGUACAAGGGGCCUGCCCGAUUGCAUACAAACUUGAAACUCUUUAGGGUUGACCUCAUAUAUUAGAAAAUUGUAUAGUGUGUGUAUCCAGCUUUAAAGUGUUACUAAACCCCUAACAGUA